AUGGGGAUCAAAGCACCUCUCAUAUGCAGGAAGAGUGCAGCUUAUCAACUCAGUGUUAAUGCAUGUACACACAUAUUGAGCAUAUAUAUUCCUACUACCAAAGGCAGUGAUGAAACAGAUUACUACAGUAUGCAGAAAUUUCUUAUGGGAUGGGAAGGAGGUGAGCAACAAAGCACCAUUAAUAGCAUGGGAUCUGGAAAAAUGGAACAGUGGCCUUGGAGUAGGUGGGUAUGGAGCAAAGGAAAUGUACCUAAGCACAGUUUCAUAUGUUGGCUGGCUGGACAUGGCAGAUUAUUAACAAGAGUGAGAUUGCAGAAAAUGGGGGUUACACAAGAUACAAUGUGUACAAUAAGUGACAAUGCACCUGAGACGAUAGAACAUCUGUUUUUUGAUUGCCAAUUCUCUAGAGCUUGCAUGCAAGCUAUGGCAAAGUGGUUGAAUAUUGGAGUGCAGAAUACUAUACUACAAGGAAUAUGGAGAAGACUAACAAGAGGGGUCAAAGGUGAAAAUUACAGAAUUCUGGUAAACUCAGUACUAGCAGCACUAAUCUAUGCUAUAUGGAAGGCACGUAAUGAAGCACUAUGGCACCAAAGAGUUCCUAAUCCUGGGACAAUCUGUUCUCAAAUCCAAUAG